CACUUGGCUGCAGAAUCACUUUUCCUUCUUCUUAUUCACCAGUCGCUUCCACCUUUUACGACGGGGAUGGCGGAUGAAUUUGUUGAGUACGGCGGUUACGCAGGAGUAGUGCACCCGUACUGGCUUUGGCCUCCGUAUCAGCAGCAUCCUUCAGUUUCCACUCCGCCGUUUCUCGCAACCCCAUCAUCCUACGAUCAUCCGAUGAAUAUUCCUCACGUCUCUUAUCUACACCGAUCGCCUUCGUAUGGUGAUAAUUCUCGCUCUCCGACCCCGCCGCCUUCAUCGUCUCAACCCGUUGCAGGAAAUCAUCUAGGUCACGGGGGUGAAGAUGCUUGCUCAUCCUCUCAGGCUGGUGGAUAUUACCCUUCAAUGGAAACACCAACCUCUGGUGUCGUCUACUGUCCUCCUAUGGAGAGGCAACGCGUGCCUCCUUACAGCUCGGCUACGGUGUCUUCUUUAGCUGACAUGCUAAUCAGAAACUCUCAGGAGCCUUUCUAUGUCCCUGUUCCUCCUUCUGGUGUUUGUGCUACUACUAGCAGCAGCACCUAUGCUUUUGAUCUCAACUCUGGUCCACAUGAAAGCGUGGAUGCUGCUGUCUCUGCUCCUCCUUACCUACGUGUUCCAUCUAUGCCUAUCACACAAGGUUUCUUUGGUGAAAAUCGGCCGACUGGGAUUCGCUUAGGAGACGGAAGAUCGUUCCGUCACAAUGUUUCUAGUCACUUCCCUGAGUAUAUUCAAUUUGGUGAUGCUACUGGUCAUGUCAAGCCUUUGUCAGAGAAUCCAGAUCUUUGCGAUGGGACUGGUUCACGGACUCCCCGGUCUUCCCACCCGCUACAGUUUGAUGCCAAGUCCUCCCUUUAUCACAAGGCAACCACGUUGGUUGCUGACAGUGAGAAUGGUAGCUCCUUGAAGAAUGCGAUUGGCGAUUUAAAUUUUGAUGAGCAGCAUGAAUCUCGGAACCACUGUGUGGUAUCUUCUGAGGGACCUUCAGCGCCUACUAUGGGAAGUGGUGCAAUGAAAGCGGAUAACAGGAAUGCUGCUCAGUCAGCUGUCAGCUAUGGAGCCCACUCCGAAGGUUGUGCUAACAAGUCAACUGGUCAAUCACUAGUAUGUGAUCAAGGAGAUUUCACAUGCCCGGAUUCUUCUACAAGAGUUUCUUCCGUGGUUAAUGCCAUGCAUAAUCUCUCAGAAGUGCUUGUUUAUGAAUGCUUCAGCAAUAGAAGAAGCUUGCUGAAGCCCGAACAACUUGAGAAAAUAGUAGAGAAUCUCACCAAGUGCUUAAAGAAAAUCACUGGUGACAAGACUAUAGCAUCAGUUCCAACUCAAGCUAUACAUGAAUCCUGUCCAAACGUGGUCGACCUUAAUGAGGCCCCUAAUGUAGUUGCUGAAGACUCUCAAGGGUUUGAUGUCAAGCCACAGGACAGCUUUGGCUUCAAAGUCAAAGAAUCGGUGGAUAAGGAUAAGAAUGAGAUGACGCAGAGUAUUAAGAACACACUUGCUUCCAACUUUCCUGAUGCUUACCUGGCUCGAUACCAUCGGAUCAAGAACUGGGCUGGUAAUCUCAAAUUGCAGAAUAGAGAGACCUCUGCAGAUGCAUCAACCUUUAAGCAGGAACCUUCUCUUAACCCCCCGAAAUCAGUUUCCAUCAUAAACAAGGUAGAGCAGGAGACGGCUGAACCACUCAUCAAAGACGGGAGCACUUUUGGGAACAAUGUAGUUGCAAUGAGUCAUGACGCACCACAAAGCUCUAGAUUCAACACUGCUCCCGUUGAUGCAGUGCUCUCACAGAUGAAGCAAGAGUCCCCUGCAUCCACCACAGAGGAAAACCAUGAUGAUGUUAUAGAAAGGUUUCAGAUUCUGAAGCAUCAGGAAACAAUGCGCAAACUCAAGUCUCAGGAAACCUACUCAGAGACAAUGGAUGAGCAGGAGGAGGACAAUCCAGAUGCUUCGGAGAUGGCUACUAUUGGCAGAAGCAGCCAUAUGAGUGAUGUUAUGGGUAGAUUUCAGAUGCUAAAACGCCGGGAAGCUGAGCAAGUUCAGAAACCUCUCAACAGCGUCGUCGACUUUGAUUCAGAUUGGGAUUCAGAGUUCGAAUCAGAUUCAGACAGUGACCAAAGGUGUGAUUAUCUCUUGUCAGACUCGAUGAUGACAACAGGUGGAAACUCACAGAUAGAGACGUGCGCCAACACUGAGCCAUCUGCAGAUGGAAAAGGCUACGAGAGCCCGACCUCGGAUUGGGAACAUGUCCUCAAGGAUGACUGAGUACUGGAACUUCCUUGGACAAUAAGUUUCGAUCCUUUAAUGGCUUUAUUAGUGUAUUAAUAACAAAAGGCUUUGUGGAACAACAUUAAAUGAAACUGGUUCCUACUCUUAUUCAAAAUGUGGUUUGCAGUUA